UUGCGUGGAGGCUGUGGCGACCCAAAGCAGGGGACUGGUGGUUCUACUGGUUCUAGUGGCUGGAAAAGGAGCUCUGGCGACGACUCAUCUGCAAUGUACAUAUUGUCUGUCUUUAAAAGUCAGGAUGCUGAAAAGGCUCAAUUAACACGGCGGUUCUCAAGAAACCACUGACACAUCAGAGCCCGUGGCUUCCACGUUUCUGGCUGCUGUCCACGCACCUAUUGAUUCUCGUUUUUUAAGCUGCUCACAUAGAGUUGGCUGUUGGUUGAGGGAAACCCCAAAGACGGUGACUCGGGUGUGACGUAGAGCAGAGCCCAGUGUGAAACGCGCGCUGACUUUUGUUCCCGCGGUGGGACGUGGCGGCGGCGCGUCCUCCAGCUGCCGGCGGCGCCGACUGGGCCCCCGCUGUGGCACCCUGCUGGGCUCCCGCUCCCACAGCCCGCGCUGCGCUCCAGGUGACGUGAACAGCGCCGCUUCCACAUCACAUUGUGCAGAGGCUUCCUGCAUUUAACUGUAGACAGAAGUCUGACACUCGUUCAGAAGCUUUCACUCCAAGAAGCCAUUAGCUGCAGAAACAUCUGCUCAGAACCUGCUAAUGAUGCGUUUUUGGUAGUUUGCUCUACUGAAACCCGAAGCACUGCGUCGCUGGUUCUGUUGAGCCCAGUCCUGUGUUUCCUCUCAGUCUGACUUUCACUUUCAGCCCAGUUCUGUGCAAAACCAGCGUAGCUGCGCGACACGUGAGCUCGCCAUCUAUUAAUACCGGCGCCCGGCACGUAAAAGCGAGGCCCGGUUUCUGGAUUAGGCCGGACGAUCACCUUCAGACGUCUGCGCGAGGUUGAGCAGCGGGAAGAGGAAAAGGCAGACGGAGGGAGAGAAACAGAGAGCGAGAGCAGCCGCGGCGUCGCGUGACUCCAGCCACAGCCGGAGGGAGAACACGAGCCCCAAUAAACCGGCCUCGGCGGCUCUGAGGAGGAAGGAUGCGACGUUCAGAUGUUUGAAUCAUCACAAUGCGUUUGAAGGGGUCAGACUGCUUCAUGUGCGUCUUGUGCUGGGACCUCCUCAAGCGCUGAUGACGACGACGAAGGCGAGCGCUGCGCCGUUCCCCUCACGCCCCUCGACAGCUUCUUCGCCGACGACGACGCCCUCAAACUACAGAAGAAGAAGAAGCCCAAAAAGAUGAAAGAGGGCAAAAUGCCCAAAGUGAAGAAGAGGAAAAAGGAGGGGGCAAUGCAGCCAAGGGUUGACAGCGACCUGGACGAGACCUCGGAGGUGGAGGAGGAGCGGGAACCGCUGGAAAUCGGGUCCGAGAGCGAGAGCAGCAUGUACGGCCCCACGAAGAAGAAGAAGAAGAAACCCAAGGAGAAGAAGGAGAAAAAGCCCCGGAAGAAGAAGAGAGAUGAGGACGAUGAUGACGACGACGACGACGAUGGGAACAUGAAAGAACCCAAAUCAUCCAGCCAGCUGAUGCUGGAGUGGGGCCUCGAAGACGUGCAGUACGGCUUCACUGAGGACGACUAUAAAACCAUCACCAACUACAAGGCGUUCAGCCAGUUCCUCAGGCCGCUCAUUGCCAAGAAGAACCCCAAGAUUCCCAUGUCCAAGAUGAUGACGGUGUUGGGGGCCAAGUGGCGCGAGUUCAGCGCCAACAACCCGUUCAAAGGCGCGUCGGCCACCGCCGUGGCCGCCGCCGUGGCCGCCGCCGUGGAGACGGUCACCGUGGCGCAGCCGGGGUCCGUCAGCAGCAGCCAGCCGGGCUCCCAGACGGGGCCGGUGAAAAAAGCCAAAACCAAAGAGGGAAAGGGGCCAGGAGUGAGAAAGAAGAACAAGACUGUGAAGGAGGUGAAGAAGAAGCCCAAGCCCAAGAAGACCAAAUCAAAGUCGGGCUCGAGUGGGAAGAAGAAGAAAGCGUCCUCGAGCGAGGAGGACUUCCUGGAGGAGUCGGACUUUGAUGACAUCAGCAUCCACAGCGCCUCUGUGCUUUCUGAUACCUUGGGGGCCGCCACCAAGAAAAAGGCCCGGCGUGGGCGGAAGAAGAGGAAAAAGGAGGACGGCGACGGCUAUGAGACGGACCACCAGGACUACUGUGAGGUCUGCCAGCAGGGGGGGGAGAUCAUCCUGUGCGACACCUGCCCCAGAGCCUACCACCUGGUCUGCCUGGACCCCGAGCUGGAGAAGGCCCCCGAGGGCAAAUGGAGCUGUCCACACUGUGAGAAAGAGGGCAUCCAGUGGGAGGCCAAAGAUGAAGAGGAGGAUGAGGAGGAGGCCGCGGGCGAGGAGGAGGACGACCACAUGGAGUUCUGCCGAGUCUGCAAGGACGGAGGCGAGCUGCUGUGCUGCGACGCCUGCCCGUCGUCCUACCACAUUCACUGCCUCAACCCGCCGCUGCCCGAGAUCCCCAACGGGGAGUGGCUGUGCCCGCGCUGCAUGUGUCCUCCGCUGAAAGGCAAAGUGCAAAAGAUUCUGCACUGGACGUGGGGCGAUCCCCCGCUGCCUGCAGAGCUGCCCGCGGGUCCCGACGGCAAGCCCGGCGACCCGCUGACCAAGCCGCCGCUCAAGGGUCACCCUGAGAGGGAGUUCUUCGUCAAGUGGGCCGGGCUCUCCUACUGGCACUGCUCCUGGGUCAGCGAACUGCAGUUGGAGCUGUAUCACACGGUCAUGUAUCGGAAUUACCAGCGGAAGAACGACAUGGACGAGCCGCCGCCGUACGACUACGGCUCCGGGGAGGAGGAGCUAAACAGCGAGAAGAGGAAGAGCAAAGACCCCCAGUACGCCGUGAUGGAGGAGCGCUUCUACCGAUACGGCAUCAAGCCAGAGUGGAUGGUGAUCCACCGCAUCCUCAACCACAGUUUCGACAAGGACGGGGAUGUGCAUUACCUGAUCAAGUGGAGAGACCUGCCCUAUGACCAGUGCACCUGGGAGGUGGACGAGUUCGACAUCCCAGAAUAUGAGAGUCAUAAAGCUUUUUACUGGGACCACAGGGAGCAGAUUCUGGGGGAGGACCAACGCCCCCUGGUGGUGCGGAAAGGGAAGAAACUCAAAGAGGACCAUCCAAAGAGGGAGGUCCCUCCUGAUGCACCCAUCAUAGAUCCCACCAUCAAGUUCGAGCACCAGCCUUGGUACAUCAACGCCACAGGGGGAACGCUGCACCCGUACCAGCUAGAGGGUCUGAACUGGCUGAGGUUCUCCUGGGCUCAGGGGACGGACACCAUCCUGGCUGAUGAGAUGGGCCUUGGAAAGACGGUGCAGACCAUAGUGUUCCUGUACUCGCUCUACAAAGAGGGCCACUCUAAGGGCCCUUUCUUGGUUAGUGCCCCUCUUUCCACUAUCAUCAACUGGGAAAGGGAGUUCGAGAUGUGGGCUCCGGACUUCUACGUGGUGACGUACACGGGGGACAAGGACAGCAGGGCCAUCAUCAGGGAGAACGAGUUCACCUUUGAGGACAGCGCAGUGAAGUCAGGGCGGAAGGUGUUUCGCAUGAAGAAGGACACCCCUAUCAAGUUCCACGUGCUGCUGACGUCGUACGAGCUGAUCACUAUAGACCAGGCCAUCCUGGGCUCCAUCACCUGGGCCUGCCUGGUGGUAGACGAGGCUCACAGACUGAAGAACAACCAGUCCAAGUUUUUCAGAAUCCUCAAUGGGUAUAAGAUCUACUACAAGCUGCUGCUGACUGGGACUCCUCUUCAGAACAACCUGGAGGAGUUGUUCCACCUGCUUAACUUUCUCACCCCAGAUCGCUUCAAUAACCUGGAAGGCUUCCUGGAGGAGUUUGCUGAUAUCUCUAAAGAGGACCAGAUCAAGAAGCUGCACGACCUGCUGGGCCCUCACAUGCUCCGGAGGCUGAAAGCCGACGUCUUCAAGAAUAUGCCUGCGAAGACGGAGCUGAUUGUCAGAGUGGAGCUCAGCCCCAUGCAAAAGAAAUAUUACAAGUUUAUUCUGACACGAAAUUUCGAGGCGCUUAACUCCAAAGGCGGAGGGAACCAAGUGUCCCUGCUGAACAUAAUGAUGGACCUGAAGAAGUGCUGUAACCACCCCUACCUGUUCCCCGUGGCUGCUGUGGAAGCCCCUGUGCUGCCCAACGGUUCUUAUGAUGGAAACCUACUGGUCAAGUCCUCAGGAAAACUCACUCUGCUGCAGAAAAUGCUGAAGAAACUCAAAGACGAAGGACACAGAGUCCUCAUUUUCUCUCAGAUGACUAAGAUGCUGGACCUCCUGGAGGAUUUUCUGGAGUUUGAGGGCUACAAAUACGAGCGCAUUGAUGGAGGAAUUACAGGAGGCCUCCGACAAGAGGCCAUCGACCGCUUCAAUGCACCGGGCGCUCAGCAGUUCUGCUUCCUGCUUUCCACGCGGGCCGGAGGCCUUGGGAUUAACCUCGCCAGCGCAGACACCGUCAUCAUCUAUGACUCGGACUGGAAUCCACACAAUGACAUUCAAGCCUUUAGCAGAGCCCACCGCAUCGGCCAAAACAGGAAAGUCAUGAUCUAUCGUUUCGUGACUCGAGGCUCGGUGGAGGAGCGGAUCACUCAGGUGGCCAAGAGAAAGAUGAUGCUGACCCACCUGGUGGUGCGGCCUGGCUUAGGCUCCAAAACCGGAUCCAUGUCCAAACAAGAAUUGGACGACAUCCUCAAGUUUGGCACGGAGGAGCUUUUCAAAGAUGAAAUGGAAGCAGCGCGAACCAUGGGUGACAACAAAGACGGCGAGGAGGGCAACGUGAUUCACUAUGACGACGACGCCAUCUCCAAGCUGCUGGACCGCAGCCAGGACGCCACCGAAGACACCGAGAUCCAGAACAUGAACGAGUACCUGAGCUCCUUCAAAGUGGCUCAGUACGUGGUGAAGGAAGAGGACGGAGAGGAGGAAGUGGAGCGGGAGAUCAUCAAGCAGGAGGAGAACGUGGACCCGGACUACUGGGAGAAACUGCUCCGCCACCACUACGAGCAGCAGCAGGAGGACCUGGCUCGGAACCUGGGCAAAGGCAAACGCAUCCGCAAGCAGGUCAACUACAACGACGCCACCCAGGAGGACCAAGAAUGGCAGGAUGAUCUUUCAGACAAUCAGUCGGAGUACUCCGUGGGGUCGGAGGACGAGGACGAAGACUUCGAGGAGAGGCCUGAAGGGGGACGGAGACAGUCUCGUCGGCAGCUGAAGAGCGAGAAGGACAAACCUCUGCCGCCUUUGCUGGCACGGGUCGGAGGCAGCAUUGAGGUCCUGGGCUUUAACGCUCGUCAGAGGAAGGCCUUCCUCAAUGCCAUCAUGCGCUGGGGGAUGCCUCCUCAGGACGCCUUCAACUCCCACUGGUUGGUCCGAGACCUGCGGGGCAAGAGCGAGCGCGAGUUCAGGGCCUACGUGUCGCUCUUCAUGAGACACCUCUGUGAGCCGGGGGCCGACGGAGCCGAGACCUUCGCCGACGGGGUCCCACGGGAGGGGCUGUCCCGGCAGCACGUCCUCACCAGGAUUGGAGUCAUGUCCCUCGUCAGGAAGAAGGUGCAGGAGUUCGAGCACGUCAACGGGAAGCUGAGUUCCCCCGACCUGAUCCCCAUCGGGAUGGAGCUGAAGAAGCUGACCGAGAGCGUGUCCUCCGACCCCAACACGCCGGCGCCGGCCAGCCCCGUCGCCACCCAGCCCGGCACGCCGGUGCCGCCAGAGAGAGGCGAGUCCCUCGCGGGCGCAGCGGAGGAUAAAGAAGCCACGGAGCAGGAGAGCAGGCGGCUGUCAGAGCAGGAGGCGUCCAGCGCGGCGCCGGCACCCGAGAAGGCGGCUGACAGCGAGGAGCGCAGGGCCAGCCCCGAGGACAAGCCGGGGGACGAGAGGGACAGGGCCGAGUCACCUUCCGCCAAGGCGGAGCCAUCUGCCAACUCCAAAGAGGCCGCUCUGCAGCCGGAGCUGCCGUCCAGGCAGCCGUCGCCCAAAACUGAGCCCAGUAGAGAGACGGAGAAGGCGUCAGACAAAGACUCUGCUUCUCCUCUGACAAAAGCCGAAGACAAGGAGAACAAGCCAGCUGUUACAGACGACGUGAAGAGCGAAGACGCAUUAGAGGGUCGAUUAAACGGAGACAAAGACACUCUGGACGAGCUGGACGAGAGCAGGAAGGAGGAUAAAAACGGAUACAAGGCCAAGUUUAUGUUCAAUAUCGCUGAUGGAGGUUUUACAGAGCUGCACACCCUGUGGCAGACUGAGGAGCGGGCGGCGCUGUCCUCCGGGAAAAUGUACGACAUCUGGCACCGUCGCCAUGACUACUGGCUGCUGGCCGGCAUCGUGACACACGGCUACGCUCGCUGGCAGGACAUCCAGAACGACCCGCGUUAUGCCAUCCUCAACGAGCCCUUCAAGACCGAGAUGCACAAAGGCAACUACCUGGAGAUGAAGAACAAGUUCCUCGCUCGCCGCUUCAAGCUGCUGGAGCAGGCGCUGGUGAUCGAGGAGCAGCUGAGGCGGGCCGCGUACCUGAACAUGACCCAGGACCCCACUCACCCGGCCAUGGCGCUCAACGCCCGCUUCGCCGAGGUGGAGUGUCUGGCCGAGUCCCACCAGCACCUGUCCAAAGAGUCUCUGGCCGGGAACAAGCCUGCCAACGCCGUGCUGCACAAAGGUCUGGUGCUGAACCAGCUGGAGGAGCUCCUGAGUGACAUGAAGGCGGACGUGACGCGGCUUCCCAACAUGCUGUCCAGGAUCCCGCCGGUGUCGGCGCGGCUGCAGAUGUCCGAGCGCAGCAUCCUGAGCCGCCUGACCAGCCGCGGAGGCGAGCCCCCACCCCAGCAGCCUUUCAGCCAGGGCGGCUUCGGCUGCUCCCAGAUGUACGGCAGCAGCUUCGCUGGGGGAUUCAGGGGCCCCGGGGGACAGCCCAUGGUCAACUACAGCCAGAUGCCUCUGGGCCCCUACGUGAGCGUGUCUGCGAACGGGCCCCCGCCUCCCACAAGCCAUCUGGACAAGAAGUCUCUGGACUCCUUGAGAGACGUGACCACGCCUGACCUCAAGUCUGGCAAACCCACUGAUGUCAUCUGUAUUGAAGAUUAGGCGCGCUCUGUAAGACUGACCUGAGGUCAGAAGCUCCCAGGGAUGGAACCGAACCGCAUCAUGGCUGCGCAUCUCUUCCACCGCAUCCUCCUCUUUCUCCUGAUCCUUAUCUGACUCUCAAUCGAAAUCACAGACGAGGUGAUUAACUUGACGAUUAACGCUGAUGUACCUGUUAUAACAAUUGCACUUUUAUCUUUGAUGAUGCUGUAGGAGCAUUUCAGUAGGUAUUGCUUUUGUUAACCUGUGGAAGCCGGAGCAGAACUGCUGAUCGAGGGUGUUUCGCAGCCCUGCACUACAAGCCGAAACCCAAGCGAGCGCCGAGUUUCUGACGCCUGAUCUCACUCUGAUCUGGAAUGUGCAUCUUUUCUGCGCCAGCCGCGGCUUCUUCAUUUCACCCGCAGCCUGUUGCUUUUAUCACUGUACACUGUGACUGUGUCCCGCUGGAGCUGCUUCCCUGCGAAGAGGAACGGAGUCGCGGACGACUUCAGUCACAGCUCGUUAAGAGACGCUUUUAUUUGUGAGGGCCCGUGUUGCUACUUUGAGCGAAUACCUGCUUUGUCAUAAUGUAGUAACCAGGAGAUCAACUACUGAUUGGAAACUAUCAGGCUUUAUUCAUGUAUGCAGUACCUGGACCCUGAGUCUGGACCCUCUGAAGACUGCCCCCUGCUGGCAACACACUUGACUGCAGCUGGUGUGAGGGUUGGCUGUUGUACUGUACAUACAGAGACUGCUGAGCAUUUUACCUCACAUAGGUCUAAUCAUAGUGAAAUAUGUAUUCAUACAAAUCAGAAGCCUGGCUUGGUGUCACGUACGAAGCGGAAGAGGGGAAAAUGAUUUUUAAUGCUUUCGAGAGGCGACUGUGUAUUUCUGUGUAAGGUACAAUAUUUGUGAUUCUUUCUAUAUUUGAAUGUUAGUAGUGGCUGUAGAGCUUCACCCUGGGGCCAUGACCAGUGGGACUGCACUAUAAAAAGGAGCGCGUCUGGUCUGAAUCCACACACAGGGCUUCAAUGUUCAGGCCUAACUCACAACAGCGUCCUGCUCCUUUUUACAUCCCAGGGACCUUCCAGGUCCCCUUUCAUUGUUAUAAGUGAGUAAAAACAUGUGCGCGGAUGACACCGCGCCAAACCAAGUCCAGUGUUUGUCACGAAACAAGCUUUUGUUUGCUGCGUCUGCUCAUUUAGCGUCAGGAGAGACGCCCUGUGCUCGCGGUGCGUCUCCUCCACCGUCGGGUGAAGCCACAGUCGUGUAGAGCUGCGUUCAAGGACCAAUGCUGCACAGUGUCACGUCUUGGCCCCCGGCUGUCGUCUGCGGCGCGACCUUCAAGGCACGGUUCCAUCCACUAUGAAUCUGCGCUACACUCACUCACUCAGUAGAACAAACUUUCAGUUCAGGCUUAUUUCCUUUUCCUACGAAGGCGCUGCAAGGACGUUUGGAUUCAAAGCGCACAUUGUUGUUGACGCAUUUGUUGCUUUUGGUUUUUGUUCCCAAAGACCGGUGGCAUUACCUGUUUGUGUUAUUAUUGCUAUUGCAGCAGCACUUGUUGGAUGUUUGGAGCUUUCCUAGUCUUCGUCCUGAGGUGCUCUCUUCUGGCCCCUUCUCACCUCCUUCCUCCAAGAUGCUUUAAAUAGAAACGAAGGAAAUCACCUGGAAAGCGCCGCAUCCACGCUUGAAGAGCUCUGCGUCUGUUCUAUCUGACCAACCUGUGAUAUUAUUAUUAUUUGUUCGUGUUAAUCAGUGCUGUUUCGUUCGCCGUGUUCUUGUUCACGCCAUCGGUUACUUGACCAUGACAUGCAUUAGGCUGCAGACAGAUAGAACCUCAGAAAAAUGUAAAUACUUGAAAGAUUUUUCAGAGACAAGUCCUUCUCAUAUAGAUUUAUGUAUCAAACUGAAAAAAGAUGAAUGUCUGCUGGAUGGUGUUGCCAUAGAACUGCAGUGUGCGCCCUAUGUGCUCAUCAAUCAAAAUCAUGUCUUUUCCUUCUGGAGAGAUGAUGUUUAAACACACCGUUCUCCAAUGAAAUGCAAUCAAACUGAAGUCAGUAUGAAUGUAAUGUCUGUUGGGGAAAAAGGCUUCAGUCUAAUAUUAUAAAUAUGUUAACAAUGUAUGUACAUGCUUAUGAAUAUGGCUUCAAAAGCUACCAAAAGACCCUCAAGAAGGCAUCAUUGUUGCAGUGAAUGCACAGCAUGUGAAGCGUACGGUGUGAUGGUUCACUUCUGGGGGGCGGUAGCGUAUCUAGCAUUUACAGACAAUGAGCUCCAAGCAGUGUUAUGGUUCCGAUAUUCGUGCUGUAUAGCAAUUGAAUGAAAAAGUGAAUUGUCAUCUUUUUAUUUGUAUUCUGUGUAUUUGUUCAACGUGUUUUAUUAAAUCUUCUGGACAGCU